AGUUUUGUGCAUCUUUCAGCAAGAAAUAAUAUAUUUCUUGUAGGUGCUUCCCAGGCAUUCAAGGAGGAGAAGCAAUCAAGUGGAUCCAAUACAGAAUCUGCUUCGAGUCCUGUUGCAGAAACAUUCAGAGUUAUUCAGGGAGCAAUCAGUAAAGAAUUUGUGAGAUCUACGCAGGGUGUCUUCCAGUUUGAAUUAUCUGGUGAUGAAGGAGGCACUUGGUACAUCGACCUGAAAACCAAUGACGGGAGCGCUGGCUUUGGAAAGCCUCCUGUGACGGCCGACGUAGUUAUGAGCAUGUCAAGUGGCGACUUUGUGAAAAUGUUCACCGGUAAACUGAAGCCAACCAUGGCCUUCAUGUCAGGAAAGUUAAAGAUCAAAGGUAACAUGGCACUAGCAAUAAAGCUGGAGAAGAUGCUGACACAGUUUAACUCUAAACUUUGAGGGGAAAGCCUUCCCAACAGAACUUUGGCCUUUCAUGUGUAAUGACAAUGCUGUUUUUAAGUACUAAUCCUUUUUGAUGAAAUAUAGUAUGCAAGAAUAAAAUGUGAGACUGUUAGAGAAGAAAUAACUCAGUCUGAUUAAGACUAGAAGGUGUUUGUCUUGAUUAAAGAAUUCCUUCUUGAGAAUACA